UUUGGGUAAGCUUCAGCUAGCAUUGCAUGUCCCACUCGGAUGAGCUGUUGACUUGUUGCAGAGCAUACCGAGUACGGGUAACGCUGUAGGAAUGGAAGUCAAUGACCUAUCCACUGUUCAGUCAGAGGGUUAUGAUUUCGGUUUGGUGAAGCCAUACAUUUCUAGUUCAAGUUAUUCUCCCAAACGUUAUGUGCAGGAGUCUGUCUCCGGGACGCGAGAUUUGUUGAAUUGUUGAAAGCCGCCAUCUUCAGAGAGAAUAGAUGCGUUUCCUAAUUAGGCUUAGUCCCCCUUCCCACCGUCAACCGAAUUUGCUGCCGACAUUUCAGAGUCAAGAACUCGAACUUGCUCAAAAUAUCAUCAAUCCCUAGAAGAAUAACAUGGCUGAAAACCUCCCAUCCUCCUCCCGCGAUGCCGACUUCCGCCGCUUCAAAACCUACGCCGCCAUCACCUUCCUCGUCGCCGCCCCAGUCCUCAUCGCCCUCCCACCCCGAAAACUCGACCAUCUGACCGUCCUCCUCGGAACCGCGUUCUGCGUCUCCGCAAACCAUCUCACCCGGGAACGCACCGGCCGGAGCAUCCUCGACCGCAUUGAAUCCCGCGUUGCGGCCCAUUCCACGCACUCGCCCAUCCCCGGCUUCACCAUUGCCGAUCUGCCGAGUGAGCGGGCCCAGGAGAUCCAGGCGAAACUGCGCGCGACCCGCGAUGCCCAGAUCCGCGACGGGAGUGUGGUGGGCGAGGAGUGGGAGAGGCUGAAGGCGCGCCAGCUCCAGGACCAGGGCGUCGUGGAGCGAGUUUGGAUGGGUGGGGAGACGGCGGGAUGGAAGGAGAGGCGGCUACGAGAGGAACAAAGGGCCUUGGAUGAGGGGAAGGGGUAUGGCGAUUUGAUCAAGGAGCAUAUCUGGGAUGUCUGGACUUGGGGGGAGAGCAGGAAAGAGGGGGGGGGGGAAGAAGAAUGAAUGAUCUAUGGUUUAUCGAACCGAGGAGGACAAAAAAUGUAUGAUAUGCGUUGCAUUGGUUUGGCGUUGGUGGCUACUUUAAUGAUAUCCUGUACUCUACUCUGCGGAUACCCAUCUGCCUGUGGGAUCCUGCGAAUUUGCCGAUUUAUAAAAGGUUAUCAAUUUGGUAUGGAUUCUUCAAAUUAGCGAACAACUUAAUCUGCGGGACAGAUUACAUACAG